ACCAAACAUGGGGACCACGGGACUUCAAUCCACGUCAUGGCUCAUCUACCUGACCCUGCUGGUUGGCUCACUCACUGAGACUGUAAUCAUCAUUCCUUCUCUACAGACACUGAGCCUGAGUUCAGCUGAUGAAAAUCAUAUCGGCCAAGUGUGCACGACUUGGGGACAAAAUCACUGGAAGACCUUUGAUGGAGAUUUCUUCCAGCUGGCCUCCAGUUGUAACCAUGUCAUGGCCUACCAGUGUAAAAACAGCCAUGAAGAUUUCAACAUCCAGAUGAGGCGUAAGACAGUCAACCAGGUCACCACAAUCAGCAACAUCAUCAUGGUGUUUGAGGGUACAGUGGUGGAGCUCUCCAAGAGCUCAGUGAUCGUCGAUGAAAAGACGGUGUCUCUGCCACAUGUCAAAUUUGGGGUGACUGUGAUGGGAACCACAUCUGGUAUCACUGUUGAAGCUAAGCAGGGAAUAAAAGUUAUGUGGAACCUGGAUGACUCCCUGGAUAUUGAAAUAGAUAAAAAAUACCAGAACCAGACAUGCGGACUCUGUGGAAACUUUGACGGCAUAACCAAUGAUUUGAUGAAAGACGGAGCUGAGCAGUCGGUUGCAGACUAUGCUGACACCUUUAAGGUGGACGAUCCAACAGAGAGCUGUGAGGAGCCGGUGCUUAACUCAGUCCUGGGCUGUGGUAAUAAGCAAUUCUGUGACCAGAUCUUCUCCAGAGCUUCAUUCAGUAGUUGCCAGAACCUUCUGGAUGUGGAAUCCUUCAGUAAAGCCUGUAUGGCUGAUAUGUGCUACAAAGACAAAGACACCGACCCUUUCCUCUGCAAAACCAUCUCAGAGUACUCCAGGCAGUGUGUGCACGCAGGUGGCCAGCCCAGUCAAUGGAGGAAUGCCACAUUUUGCUACAUGCAAUGUCCAUACAACAUGGAGUACAUGGAGUAUAGCAGUUCAUGUGCUGACAGCUGCUCCACCCCUCAGGCCAGCCAGACAUGUCGCAGCCACUACAGUGAAGGCUGCCACUGCCCUGCCGGAACGGUCUUGGAUGACAUUAGUAAAGCUGGCUGUGUUGCAGUGGACCAGUGUCCCUGUCUGCACCACAACACAGUGUACAAGUCAGGAGAGUCCUUCUCUCAAAGCUGUAGAUCCUGGUAA